GUAAGUGAGCCGGAGAAGUGGGGUUAUUCCUCUGAUGGGAAGAAAGUACUUGUUUACUUCUUUGGAACCCAACAAAUAGCAUUCUGCAAUCCUGCUGAUGUUGAAGCCUUUACUGAAGAGAAGAAACAGUCUCUUGCCAAACGACAGGGAAGGGGUGCUGAUUUUGUGCGUGCAGUAAAGGAGAUUAUUGCCAGUUAUGAAAAGUUAAAGCGAGACAUCCAAGUUCAGAAAACUUGCUCCAAUGAUCAAGUUACUAAUGUAGAUGUCUCAAAGCCAGCUGACUCGUAUGCUAAUGUAAAGGUUCAAAGAGAUGCUCCUUUGACACAUGAUUCACAAAAUAAAUCUUCAAAUUUGACUGACAGACAAGAGCUAGUUUGUGCAGCUGAGAAUGGUCCAGUAGUUGCAAUUAGGGGUGAAUCCUGUAAUAAUGAGGUAUCAUUGGAAGAACCUACUGAUGAUGCUGUUGCAACUGCAACUGGGAACUCACCUUUGCCAGUAACUUCCCCAUCUCCAGGAAGAUGCAAAGACUUGCAUCUGGAAGGCCAUGUACUACAAAGAAAUGAGCCUGUUCGAAGAUCUAGAAGCUCAUCACGAGUCCACAACAAUGUUGUGCCUUGUGAUGCUGGAGGUAAUGCUGGUGAUGUAACUCAUAUUGUGCCUAUAACCAGGAACAAACGAAUUAAAAAAUCACCUGAUCUCUCUGGGUGUGAUGAUGCUGAUUCUUCAGCAUAUGCCUCCGAUGUCAGCAUGGAGGACAAUGGUUCUGAAAAUAUUGCUGUUGAUUCUGAUUCCUUUAGCCCAAAUGAGGGAAGUACACUAGAUUCGGAUUUUAAACUUGGACAGUCUGAGAAUAGUGAGUGGCCUGAAUUUGAAGUUGAGUUGAAGAAAGGGCUUGAUCUAGAAAUUAAGGCUGUAUUCAAUAAGAAGAAAAGAAAACCAAAUAGGAAGAGGGCAAAUAAUGAUUCUGCCACGCCAUCCAUCAGGAAAGAGGAGCCUGAAUCUCAAAAUGCCAAUCACAGUUUGCAGAAUAUGUGUGGAAAUUCAAUUGAGAAAUGCUUAAAUCAAGACGGAGAUGAACACUUGCCCCUAUCAAAACGAGCCAGAGUUAGAAUGGGCAAAUCAUCCAGUGAGGCAGAGCUCAAUAGCACUGUGCAAGCUCAAGAGAAAAGCUAUAAGGAAGACAUUGUUAACUCACCAAAGCAGAUAAUCACAUCCUCAAAUUGUGAAAAUGGUAGCCUGGCUGGUGAGGAUCCGGUAGCAUUAAAUGGAACAGUGGUUCUCGUUUCUUCUUCAAAUUUGUUAGAGCCACAUUUUGAAAGUGGAUCUCAGAUUUGUAAAACAAAAAAAGAGAAAAUGUUUGGCUGCACAAUGGAUGUUGAAGCUGCUUUACCUCCAUCUAAGCGCCUCCAUCGUGCUUUAGAAGCUAUGUCUGCUAAUGCUGCUGUAGAAGAUCAAGCUUGCAACGAGCCAUUGUCAUCCUUAUUGACAUCGAGUGGAACUUCCACAAAGAGAUGCCCUUGCAUGACCGCAAAUUGCAGUAAAGGAGGUACUGAUUUAGAAACGCAAGGCUUGGAAUCGUGUGUCAUUGGUUGUUCUCACAUCAGUGUAUCUAGUAUCACCACCUGUUCAAAUGCAAUGAUUUCAACAGAGAAUAAGUCAUCUUCUGAAGUGGAUAAGCAGUUGAGCAAGUAUCAAUGCCAUGAAGCUUGCAAAGAUGUUGUCCCAGAUGGUGUGGAUCAAGUUGGUGAAAAUCUUGGUGAUUCUGUGGUCGAUCAGGGUGCUAAAACAGAUUCACAAAUUCAGUUACAUGGAAACAUGUCUCCCAAUCUUGAUGUAAAAUGUUGUGAAGUUAGAAGCAAUCAAGAUUCUCCAGGUCCAUCAUUGCCACCAAAAGAUGAAGACAAUAUGAAAACUGUGAAUCAUUCAAAUCCAUCUGAUACAUUAGAACUUAAUGGAAUAAGUGUUGAUCCUGUGGCAGGUCCCAAUGAAAGUGGUAAAGUGAUACCUCAAAGUAGCAUUAAUGUGGGUGAGAAUCGGAUUGUUUGUGAGGAUACACAGUGCUCAAAGCAAGCCGUUGAUGAAGGCAGCAGAAUUAAAAACAUGCAUGAGGCUGUGAGAGGGGUAGAAAUCAAGGGACAAGAGGAGUAUAUGAAUUUGACCUCGAUAUCCAAUGGUUGUUUGGGUGAAAAUGGUACUUUGUGCAUUCAGUCAAGCCCGUCCUUGACUGGUGGUGGAGGCUGCGUUCCUCAAGGAUCACCUCCAAAUACAUCAGUUUGCAAUGUUUCUACAUCGGACAGUAGUAAUAUUCUACAAAAUGGAAGUUGUAGCCCUGACGUACACCAGAAGAACACUUCAUCUGGUCCCAUUGAUGGAUGGAAAGAUGGGUCUGUAGCAAAUCAACAAUCAAGAUUGACAGGCAAGUCAACUGAUGCAGGGAAUGCUGCUUUGUUGUACUUUGAAGCAAUGCUUGGAACAUUGACAAGGACAAAGGAAAGUAUUGGGCGGGCAACCCGAAUAGCUAUGGACUGUGCAAAGUUUGGCAUUGCUGCUAAGGUGAUGGAAAUUCUUGUCCGAAGUCUGGAAACCGAGUCAAGCCUGCAUCGGAAGGUGGACCUAUUUUUUCUUGUUGAUUCUAUUGCUCAAAGUUCUCGUGGUUUGAAAGGUGAUGGUGGAGCAUAUCCAUCCGCUAUGCAAGCUGUCCUCUCACGCCUAUUGUCUGCUGCUGCUCCUCCUGGACAUACUUCGCAAGAGAAUCGCAGGCAGUGUCUUAAGGUUUUAAGGCUGUGGUUGGAGAGAAGAAUCCUUCCAGAGAGGCCUUUAGAUGACCCUGUUAGAGAAAUGGAGGGUAUGCUUGUUGACGAAUAUGGAAGCAACUCAAGUUUUCAGCUUCCUGGAUUUUGCAUGCCUCAAAUGCUUAAAGAUGAAGAUGAAGAAGGGAGCGAUUCUGAUGGAGGGAACUUUGAGGCUGUCACUCCCGAGCAUGAUUCUGAAGUACAUGAAGUGCCAGAAAUUGCUCAUGCAAUUGAAAAACACAGACGUGUGUUGGAAGACGUUGAUGGUGAGCUUGAAAUGGAAGAUGUGGCUCCCUCUUUUGAUGUUGAAUCAAAUUCAAAUUGCAAUGUGGAGGGAGGAGAUGGGGAUGCCUCACAGUUGGAAAAGAAUGUCCAACCAUCCUUUGUUCCUCCUCUUCCACAGGAGGUUCCUCUUUCUUCGCCACCUCUACCACCAUCCUCUUCACCUCCACCACCACCUCCUUCUAUGCUACCUCCUCCACCACCACCACCACCACCUUCUCUGCUUCCUCCCCCACCGCCUCCGCCUCCACCUCCACCUCCUCCUCCUCCACCUCCACCUCCACCUCUUACUCCUACAUUGCACUUGAUGUCAGCUAGUACCACUGGUCCGUAUCAUGCUGCAGUUGAUGCAAAAAAUUUUGUAGAUUCACAGAUUGUGAGAGACAACAUGCACCACUCUAUGGCUGAACCCAUGACUGCACCCAGAAGUAGCCAACCUAUCAAUGAUGCAGUGUGCUAUCAAGACCCAGAACAAAGAGGCAUGCAUAUGACGGUACCGGAGCCUUCAUGUUCUUUCAAGACAUCCAUGGCACAGCCACAACACAGUUUCUGGUAUUCUGAUGGUGCUACCCUGCAACACAAUGGCUAUCCAUUACGACCACCUCAACCUGUGCCAUCUGAUCAGUUUUCUUUCGUUCACGGGGAACAAUUGAAACCUCCUCGGGAUGGUCCACCACCACCACCACCACCUUUCCACUCCAAUAGGCAUCACUUUGUGCAGAACAUGCAAAGAGAGAACUUCUCCAGCAAUCACGAUAGAUCAAAACCACCUCCAUAUGAUUAUCAAGAGAGAUGGAAUCCUCCCAUGCCUUAUUCUGGUCCUCAGUAUCAUGACAAUGGUAUGCAUGUACCUUAUGGUUGCCACCCCUGUGAAUCUACUAGUUUACCAGGUCAGGGAUGGAGGUUUCCUUCCCAGUCAAUGAAUCACUGGGAUUCCAUGCCUUACAGACCACCCUAUGAAGAUGCAGUUCCAGUAGCUAACCGAGGCCCAAGCUAUUGGCGACCGAGAUGAACAUAUAUUUCAAGAAAUGAUGACUGAUAUGACCCACUUUUGGCAUGGGAUCUGGCUAUAUAUAGGAGGUGAAUCUAAAUUCAUUACUCUGUACAUGCAAGGCAAGGAUAAUCUGAGUUAUGAUGAAUCUCUGCACAGGACUAAAUCAUAUUCUAUUAGAUUGUAUAUAUAUGUGUCUCCUCUUCUGCAGAAUGCAGCAGAGCAGGAAGUCUCAUUGUAGAUUUUUUGGAGAGCUGUAACUUAUCUAGGCAUCAUGUAUCAAAUUUUUUGUUCCAAAUUUGCAUAUAAUUUAUUUCAUAGAGGCCCUUAUAUAUAUGUUAGAACAACAUACAAUUUUUUUUGGGGAGCUGUUUCUUGAAGAUGUUCUCUAAUUUAUGGAAAAGCUUUCCUUGGCCAACUUAUGUGCAGUGAGAUCUAAUUUGUCUGCUGCUUAUUAUAAAUGGUUUGCUUUAUAAUUUA